AUGAUGGCUAGUGCCGUAGCUCGGCUGCACAGCUCUGCUGUCUGCGUUAAUGCUGCAAGAAGCGGUAGCACCGGUAACGGUACCCCGUGGGGUAUUGGCUAUGGUUUCCGGACGGAAUACGAGAUUAGCCUUGAAGCCACUAAGUGUGCCUGCGGCUACUACAAGAACCGCAAUACCGGAAACAAACAAUGGGACAAAUGCCCUGAUUGUACUUUUGACGGCCUCCUAUGUAACUCUGCCGACUGGCAUAUUGGUGGUGACGAGAUGAACCACUACUGCAGAAAGUACUGUGGUGCUGAGGGCAAUGAUGGCAACUGA